UCAUUUUUCAACUCUUGACCUCUCUAUUCUAUAUUAAAUAACUCCCUGUUUAAUGUUUGCAAUUUUUUUUAAAUUAAUUUUUGAAUGUAUUCCCUCCGGCUACUAAUUAACGGUGCUUGUGCUGUUGGCAAGAAGGUUAAAGUUAAAAGAGAUCUGUUACCUACCUUUGCCUCACAAUCUCGAUUUUAUGGUGGAAAAAUGUCACUCCCUAAGGUUUAUGUGACUAGUCAGAUCAAUCCUGAAGCGAUGGAACUCUUGGAACAAUUUUGUGACGUUUCAUACUGGAGAGGCAACGACCCAGUGCCUCGAGAAGAACUUCUUCAGAAGGUCAAUCAGGUAUCAGGUCUGUUCUGUAUGCUUACAGAUAAAAUAGACUCAGAACUCCUCGAUCGUGCAGGUAAAAACCUAAAAGUGAUUGCCACAAUGUCAGUGGGCUACGACCAUAUGGACGUAGCAGAAAUAAAAAAACGAAACAUAAAAAUGGGGUAUACUCCAGACGUUUUAACCGAUGCCACGGCCGAAUUAACGGUCGCAUUGCUUUUGGCUACUAGCAGACGCCUUCUGGAAGCUAACGAAGAAGCUAGAACUGGAGGUUGGAGCGCGUGGAAACCCUUCUGGAUGUGCGGACCCGGAUUAAAAGGAUCCACCGUGGGAAUAGUUGGAUAUGGAAGAAUCGGACAAGAGGUCGCCAAAAGGUUGAAAGCUUUCGGCCCCAAAAAGAUUCUUUACUUUUCCAGGUCAGAUAAAGCUAAAGAAGCAAACGAAAUUGGCGCUAUAAAGGCUUCUUUCAACGAACUCCUGGCCGAAAGUGAUUUUGUCAGCGUAAAUUGUGCCUUAACGCCGGAUACUGAAGGCAUAUUUAAUGAACAGGCUUUUAAUCUGAUGAAGAAAACUGCGGUUUUUGUAAAUACCAGUAGAGGAGCGAUUGUGGACCAAGAGGCUCUAGUAAAAGCUUUAAAAAAUAAAACCAUAUGGGGCGCAGGACUUGACGUCAUGACUCCGGAGCCCUUGCCAGUAGAUCAUGCAUUAUUUAAGUUGAAAAACUGUGUAAUACUGCCACAUAUUGGGAGCGCAUGUACUGGCACAAGAAACUCGAUGGCCAUUCUUACAGCAAAAAAUAUAUUGGCAGCUUUACAAAAUCAACCCAUGCCUACAGAAUUAGUCGUUUGAAAUUGAAUACCAGUUUAUAUGUCAAUAAAUAUUAAAAUGAAUAA